AUGAAGUUUAUGAAGCUUGGAUCCAAGCCAGAUGCGUUUCAGACUGAGGAGAACAAUAUCAGAUAUGUGGCGAGCGAGCUUGCAACUGAUGUCAUCAUUCAGGUUGGGGAUAUCAAAUUUUACUUGCACAAGUUUCCACUCCUCUCGAAAAGUGCCCGCCUGCAAAAGCUUGUCUCGUCAUCUAACGAGGAUGAUCUCAUCAUCCUGCAAGACAUCCCGGGGGGGCCCGCCGCUUUCGAGAUGUGCGCCAAGUUCUGCUACGGGAUGGUUAUAACCCUCAAUGCCUACAAUGUGGUCCCCACUCGAUGCGCGGCUGAGUACCUCGAAAUGCACGAAAUGGUCGACAAGGGCAAUCUUGUCUAUAAAGUUGACGUCUUUUUGAGCUCCAGCAUCUACCGGAGCUGGAAAGACUCAAUUAUCGUUCUCCAGACCACAAAAUCCCACUUGCCGUUUUCCAAGGAUCUCAAAAUCGUCAGCCACUGUAUAGACGCUAUUGCCAGCAAGGCCUCGACCGAUGUCUCGAAGGUCGACUGGUCCUACACUUACAACCGGAAAAAAACGAUCGAGGAAAACGGGAACAACGGGCUGAGGACACGGGCUGUGCCGCUCGAUUGGUGGGCAGAGGACUUGAGCGAGCUCGAGAUCGACUUGUACAAGAAAGUGAUCGUGGGUAUAAAAGACAAAGGGCUUGUGCCAAAUGAGGUAAUUGGUGAGGCCCUGAAAGCUUACGCGUACCAUAAACUGCCUGCCUCGGGGAAAAAUGUGGUCCCGCAAGAAGAUCUCCCUAAAUUCCGAACAAUUUUGGAAAAUGUAGUGUGGCUUUUGCCAGCCGAGAAGGGUUGUGUCUCGUGUAGCUUCUUGCUCAAGCUGCUGAAGGCGGCCGUGUCAGCUGAAUCGGACGAGAGGGUAAAAUUGGAACUCGUGAAAAGAAUCGGGCAGCAGCUGGAGGAGGCCUCGGUUAACGACCUCUUGAUCCGGGCAUGCGAGAGUACGGAACUUAUCUACGAUGUUGAGAUUGUCCGGAAGAUUCUGGAGGAGUUUCUGGCACAGGAUAGGAAUUUCGAAAUGGAGAUGGAAAAUCGAGGCGAGAUUCAGGAGAUGAUGAAGAGGCCCUGGAUUUUAUCUGAAGCUUCGAAGCUGAUGGUGGCUAAGCUUGUGGAUGGUUAUCUUGCAGAGAUUGCAAAAGAUCCGAAUCUGCCCCUCUCGUUGUUUGUUGGGAUCUCGGAGAUGGUUUCAGGCUUUUCGCGCCCUACCCACGAUGGUCUGUAUCGGGCCAUUGAUACAUAUCUCAAGGAGCACCCGGGGAUCAGCAAGAGUGAGAGGAAGCGCAUUUGCCGACUAAUGGACUGCAAGAAGCUAUCGGCAGACGCGUGUAUGCACGCUGUCCAGAACGAGCGGCUCCCCCUUCGGGUAGUCGUGCAGGUCCUAUUUUUCGAGCAGGUCCGGGCUGCCGCCGCCUCGUCCUCCGGCAGCUCGACUCCGGACCUCCCGAAAGCCAUUAAAGACCUAAACUGCUGCAACAACUCACACGGAAGCUCGCGCUCGACCACAGCCAACACGGAUGAGGAUUGGGAUGCAGUGGCCUCGGCAGACGAGUUACGAGCCCUCAGAGGCGAGUUGGCGGCCUUGCGUCUGGGCAAUAAUGGGGUCUCGAGCGAGAAGGAUUCGGGCCGGGCUGCCAUAGGUAAGGUCAAGGGUUUGAUGAUGUCGAGGCGGAUUUUCUCCAAGAUUUGGUCGGGGAAGGGGGCCCACGGGGAGAAUAGCGGGUCGGAUUCAUCUGAAAGUCUCGGGUCGGGCAAUAAUUACAGUCAUAACGUUCAAGAUGAGGGGAAGAGCACGUCGUCGAGGAAAGUGAGGCAUUCGGUUUCUUGA